AUGUCUGGUAGUGAUGUGUCUAGUAGUGAUGCAUAUGAAAGUGAUGUGUCUAAUAGGAUAAGAGUUAAUUUAGAUGGUUUAGACAUGGAUGGUAUAGAAGUAGGUGAACUGUGUGAUAGUGAUGAUUCUUGGAGGUUAGAUAGUGCACAUGAAUUUGACUCAGAUGGCCAAAAUUGGCCUGAGUUCAACCUAAAGAAUGACAUGAGUAAUCCUAGACUUAAGGCAUGCAAAGAUGGCUAUAGGGCUGGUUGUAGGAGGAUAAUAGGUUUAGAUGGAUGUUUCUUGAAGGGCUACUAUGGUGGCUACUUACUUGUAGCUAUUGGGAUAGAUGCAAAUAAUGGCAUCUAUCCUUUUACAUAUGUUGCUGUUGAAAGUGAAAACCAAGCAUCAUUGCUUCGGUUCUUGGAGUUGCUUGCAAUAAACUUGGAAAUUGUGAGCUCGUACCAGAUAUCUUUCAUGUCUGACAAACAAAAGGGACUUUUAAAAGCAAUAUGUAUGUUGUUUCCUAAUGCAGAAACAAGACACUGUGUUAGACACCUACAUGCCAAUUUUAAGAAGGCUGGUUUCCGAACAGAGGAAUUGAAAGAUUUUCUUUGGAAAGAUGCCAAAGCAAGCACUACAAGGGAUUUUGAGGAUGCCAUGGAUGAACUAAAGAAAACCAAUCAACAUGUUUAUGAUUGGUUGAAGGAAAAGAACCCUACUCACUGGUCAAGGUCUUGUUUCUCAAUUAAGAGCCAUUCUGACAUGUUAGUGAAUAAUUUUUCUGAAUCCUUUAACAAGGUGUGUUCCAUCACAUCUGGUGGGGACAAGUAUCAGGUUGAAUGUGGUCUAGGCAACCAGCAUGUGGUGGACUUAGUUGAGAAUUCAUGCUCCUGCAGGAAUUGGGAUCUCACUGGCAUCCCUUGCAUGCAUGCAUUGGCUGUCAUUCAUCUAAAAGAUGAGUUCCCAAAGACUUAUGUACAAACUUUGUACACCAAGCAAACCCAAUUUCAAAUUUACUCCAACUUUAUAAAGCCAGUAAGGGGUUCUAAAGAAUGGGUCUUUUUAUCAAACAUGCUGUCAAUACUGCCUCCUACACUAAGAAGGCUACUUGACAGACCUACUAAGGUGAGAAGGAAAGAACCUGAUGAACCACAAACAACAGAAAGGUUGAGCAAGAGAGGAGUGGACAUGAGGAGUAGUAAAUGCAAAAUAAUAGGCCACAAUAAGAGGAGUUGCAAAAGGGAAGUCAAAAGACACAAAAUUGGUGUUCAUAACCAAGUGGUUGCCCCAACUCAGCAACAAGCUACCCCAAAUCAGCAAGAGAGUACUCCAACUCAAUAG